ACGAGUGUGGCACAUGGUGAGAUGCGGGCGUUGCUGGUUGCUGUUAAAACAUAACAUACAAACCCGAGAAGGGGACACUGGCAGAGUUAAAUAACAAAAGAAAUACGAUGUAGUGAAGUGGACUAUGGUGUUAUCAACCCCAAAAUUCAAACUCAUAUUUCAAAUCAUGUGAAACGCAAAGAUCAUUCAUCAAAAUGAAACUCUUCACACCCGGUCAUGUAAUCCUACUAAUAUCUAUUCAUUUUGCAACAGUAUGUGGAUACUUGAAUUUGUUUUUAAGUCUUCCUGAGGUUCAAAGACUUUUAGGUCUGAGGGCAGAACUCUUCUAUGUCAGAAAUGGGAUCAUCAAUAACUAUGCCCUUCAUUUUGUAGUCUUGAUUCCGUCCAAAAUUGACUCUCUCCACUUCACAUGGGAAAGUUUAGUACCUGGACAGCCGGUGUCUUAUUCGAUGAUGUUAGAGACUUCAAAUUCUGCAGCUCUUCCGCCUCCAAAACUCAACAUCUCAAAAACGGGCUUGAUACCAAAUACACUUCAGACAUUUGCAGUAUCGUUACCUUGUUCAGGCACUGUAGAAGGUGAAGUGGACAUAACUCUCAUAAUCAACAUCACCCUGUCACAUGAAAAUGUAACAACACUAACAUUUCGAAGAAAGAAAAUUUGUCUUCAAUUCGAAAAGUCUACUACAUACAUCUCCAUGGAUUCCAUGCCUCAAUUCUCCAACUCUGUCAACAUUUUCUACAUAGCAGUCUGCUGUGCGCUAGUACUCAUCUUGAUUCUUGCAUUUGUUGUUACACUGUACUACAUAAAGGAUAAAAAAACUCGAAGAACCAUUGAAAAUGGUAGCGGGCCAACGACGACAACAACAACAACGUUCCUUGCUGCUUUACCCAGGAACAGUGUGAAUGCCUCUUCUUAUGGGAGUUUCAGAAGAAUGCCAAGUUAUUCUUUGAUAGACGAAAGAUCUAAAGAUUUACAAGAUAGGAUCGCUGAACUCACAGUACAAAGGUGUAGAGUUCGUCUAAGUAGCAUUAUCCUUGAAGGAACUUUCGGAAAAAUUUACCAGGGAUCCUACACAAAUGAAGACGGUACAGAAGAAACAGUUAUAGUGAAAACAGUCACAGAUCAUGCAAGUCAAGUACAAAUAUCUCUUCUACUACAAGAAGGAAUGGCUAUGUACUCUCUGAACCACAAAAAUAUUCUGACCAUUCUUCGAGUAUCUAUUGAAGACCACACUGCCCCGUUUCUGCUCUACCCAUACAAAAACUAUAAGAACCUGAAGCUGUUCUUGCAAAAAUGUAAAGUUUCUUCGGAAGGCGUUCACCAUACUUUAACUACCCAAGAAGUUGUUGACAUGGCACUGCAAAUAAUUCAAGCUAUGCAGUAUCUGCAUAAGAAACAUUUACUUCAUAAAGAUUUAGCUGCCAGAAAUUGUGUGGUGGAUGAUAAACUGAAUGUCUUAGUUGCUGACAAUGCCUUAUCAAGAGACCUAUUCCCAUCUGACUAUCAUUGCCUUGGAGAUAAUGAAAACAGACCUGUCAAAUGGUUGGCAAUUGAGAGUCUCUUACAUAAGAGUUUUUCUCCCAGUUCGGAUGUUUGGUCUUUUGGUGUACUACUCUGGGAAUUGACUACCCUUGCUCAACAACCCUACAUUGAAAUCGAUCCUUUUGAAAUGGCAGCUUAUUUAAAAGAUGGUUACCGACUGGCUCAGCCCAUCAAUUGUCCAGAUGAACUAUUUGCAGUGAUGGCUUACUGUUGGGCAAUGAGUGCAGAAGAAAGACCUACUUUCACACAGUUGCACGUUUGCUUGCAAGAAUUUUAUGCACAAUUGACUAGAUAUGUGUGACAAAAAGACUAAGCAUUAAAAUUGAUGUUCCUUGGACAGUGGCAGUAUGUAUAAUUAGUAGAUAAAAUGAAUAACAAUCAUAUUCGUAAAAUCUCAGGUAA